CUUCACAAUGGCAUCCACUCCUCCUCAAACUUCUAAGAAAGUUCGUAACAAUUCUGGUAGUGGCCAGACCGUUAAGUUUGCAAGACGAACAUCUAGCGGACGUUACGUGAGUUUAUCCCGAGAUAAUAUUGAAUUAUCAGGUGAGCUUUCAGGAGACUAUUCGAACUAUACCGUUCACAUACCUCCGACGCCUGACAACCAGCCCAUGGCUACCAAAGCCGAAGAGCAGUAUGUGUCAAAUUCCUUAUUUACUGGUGGUUUUAACAGUGUCACGCGUGCACAUCUUAUGGACAAAGUCAUCGAUUCAGAUGUGACACACCCUCAGAUGGCUGGUGCUAAAGGUUCUUCAUGUGCCAUGCCUGCUUGCGAUGGAAAUGUCAUGAAAGAUGAGAGAGGAAAGGAUGUAAUGCCAUGUGAAUGCCGGUUCAAGAUCUGCAGAGAUUGUUUCAUGGAUGCCCAAAAAGAAACAGGUUUAUGUCCAGGAUGUAAAGAACAAUAUAAAAUCGGAGAUCUAGACGAUGAUACACCUGAUUUUUCUAGUGGUGCUCUUCCUUUACCAGCUCCAGGAAAAGGUCAACGUGGCAACAAUAACAACAUGUCUAUGAUGAAAAGAAAUCAAAAUGGUGAAUUUGAUCACAACCGGUGGUUAUUUGAAACACAAGGCACAUAUGGUUACGGUAAUGCGUAUUGGCCUCAAGAUGAAAUGUAUGGUGAUGAUAUGGAUGAAGAAAUGAGAGGUGGAAUGGUGGAAACAGCUGACAAGCCAUGGCGGCCGCUGAGCCGGCGGAUCCCAAUCCCAGCUGCCAUCAUAAGCCCGUAUAGACUACUAAUCGUUGUUCGUUUUGUGGUGCUAUGUUUUUUCCUAACUUGGAGGAUUCGAAACCCAAAUGAGGAUGCAGUAUGGCUAUGGUUGAUGUCAAUAAUAUGUGAGCUUUGGUUUGGAUUUUCAUGGAUAUUAGACCAAAUACCAAAGUUGUGUCCCAUAAACCGCUCUACCGAUCUAGAAGUUCUUCGUGACAAAUUUGACAUGCCUUCUCCUUCAAACCCCACAGGGAGGUCAGAUCUCCCAGGUAUUGACCUCUUUGUGUCCACAGCGGAUCCUGAGAAAGAGCCACCCCUUGUCACUGCCAACACUAUUCUUUCCAUAUUAGCUGUUGACUAUCCAGUGGAGAAAGUGUCGUGUUACCUUUCUGAUGAUGGAGGAGCCCUUUUAUCAUUUGAAGCUAUGGCAGAAGCUGCUAGUUUUGCAGACUUAUGGGUGCCUUUUUGUCGCAAACACAACAUUGAACCCCGGAAUCCAGAUUCAUAUUUUAGUCUCAAGAUAGAUCCAACAAAGAAUAAGAGUAGGAUUGAUUUUGUGAAAGAUAGGAGGAAGAUUAAGAGAGAGUAUGAUGAGUUCAAGGUUCGCACCAAUAGCCUCCCCGACUCAAUACGAAGAAGGUCAGAUGCAUUUAAUGCAAGAGAGGAAAUGAAAGCUCUAAAACAGAUGAGAGAAAGCGGAGGAGGUGAUCCAAUGGAACCUGUGAAGGUCCUCAAAGCCACAUGGAUGGCUGAUGGUACCCACUGGCCAGGAACUUGGGCAGCCGCUACUCGAGAGCAUGCCAAAGGUGAUCAUGCUGGAAUUUUACAAGUCAUGUUGAAACCACCCAGCAGCGAUCCUUUAAUCGGUAGUAGCAACGAUAAGAUCAUUGAUUUUUCAGACACAGAUACUAGAUUACCAAUGUUGGUGUAUGUGUCACGUGAGAAGCGACCUGGAUAUGAUCACAACAAGAAAGCUGGAGCUAUGAAUGCACUUGUUCGUGCCUCUGCUAUUCUCUCAAAUGGACCUUUCAUCCUUAAUCUUGAUUGUGAUCAUUACAUCUAUAACUGUAAGGCCAUUCGAGAAGGGAUGUGUUUUAUGAUGGACAGAGGUGGGGAAGAUAUUUGCUACAUUCAAUUUCCACAAAGAUUUGAAGGUAUUGAUCCUUCUGAUAGAUAUGCGAAUAACAACACCGUAUUCUUUGACGGUAAUAUGCGUGCUCUCGACGGUGUUCAGGGACCAGUUUAUGUUGGAACUGGUACUAUGUUUAGGCGAUUUGCUUUAUACGGUUUUGAUCCACCCAAUCCGGAUAAGAUUCUUGAGAAGAAAGAUUCAGAAACAGAGGCGCUAACCACCAGUGACUUUGAUCCAGACCUUGAUGUCACACAACUUCCCAAGCGCUUUGGAAACUCCACACUCCUAGCCGAGUCAAUUCCUAUUGCAGAGUUCCAAGGUCGCCCAUUGGCAGACCACCCUGCGGUCAAGUAUGGCCGUCCUCCUGGAGCCCUUAGAGUCCCCCGUGACCCACUUGAUGCCACAACUGUCGCAGAGUCUGUUUCUGUAAUCUCUUGUUGGUAUGAGGAUAAAACCGAGUGGGGAGACAGAGUCGGAUGGAUUUAUGGGUCGGUGACAGAGGACGUUGUCACAGGGUACCGCAUGCAUAAUCGUGGAUGGCGCUCUGUUUACUGCAUCACCAAACGAGAUUCUUUCCGCGGUUCUGCACCCAUUAAUCUCACAGAUCGCCUUCACCAAGUCUUGCGAUGGGCCACCGGCUCUGUCGAGAUAUUCUUCUCUAGAAACAACGCCAUCCUUGCCUCAAAACGUCUCAAGUUCCUCCAACGCCUUGCAUACCUAAAUGUCGGAAUAUAUCCCUUCACCUCUUUGUUUCUCAUCCUCUAUUGUUUUCUUCCAGCUUUCUCUCUUUUCUCUGGACAGUUUAUAGUACGAACACUUAGUAUCUCCUUCUUAGUUUACCUCCUUUUGAUUACCAUCUGUUUGAUUGGCUUGGCGGUUCUGGAGGUCAAGUGGUCCGGCAUCGAACUAGAAGAAUGGUGGAGAAAUGAACAGUGGUGGCUUAUCUCCGGAACUAGCUCUCACCUUUAUGCUGUAGUCCAAGGAGUCCUCAAAGUUAUUGCAGGGAUCGAGAUCUCUUUUACCUUAACCUCUAAAUCCGGGGGAGAUGACAAUGAUGAUAUAUACGCUGAUUUAUACAUAGUGAAAUGGUCUUCUCUAAUGAUACCACCCAUUGUGAUAGCAAUGGUUAACAUAAUAGCAAUUGUGGUAGCGUUUGUCAGGACGAUAUACCAAGCGGUGCCACAAUGGAGCAAAUUGAUAGGAGGAGCUUUUUUCAGCUUCUGGGUGUUAGCACAUUUGUAUCCUUUUGCAAAAGGAUUAAUGGGAAGGAGAGGCAAGACUCCAACAAUAGUUUUUGUGUGGGCAGGUCUAAUUGCCAUCACUAUCUCUCUACUAUGGACGGCUAUUAAUCCUAACACCGGACCUGUCGCUGCUGCUGAAGGUGUUGGAGGUGGUGGAUUUCAAUUUCCUUAAAACAUUUACAGUAUAUAUAUGAGUAGAGUUUUCUAAAACCUAAUUUAAUUACAACAAUAAUACACUUUCCUAUGUCCUUUUUCUUGUUUAUUUCUUUCUUUGGUUGUACAUUUUCACUGAACAAUAUUUAGAUUUUAAUAUCUCAUGAUCGUAAAAUGCAAUUAUCAAUCAACUUGUUACUUGUAGCA